AUGCUUUAUAAUCAUCAAAGAGGAGGAGAAAAUUCGUCAAUUCUUCUUCUGCUGAUAUUAUUCAUAAUAUUUUUAUUGUUAUCAUGUAAAGUAGAAUCUCGACUUACAGAUGGUAGUGAUAAUAAUUUAAAUAAUCCAACUUCUGGUACCCCAAAUCAAACUUUUCAAAUGAAAUAUCCACCUAAACCUUUUUUUGGUCCAGAUGGAGAUUCAAUGAUAAAAACUCCUUCUGAUAUUGUUGACACUGACCCAAAACAACCAAUACCCAAGUGUACUGAUCCAUUACCAGCCGAUACUUAUCCAAUGCCAAGAUGUAUCUCUAAUAUUAUAACUAAUUAUCAAUUAGAUCAAUUUGAUGUUGCAAAGGCAACGAGUUAUCGAUCUAAAAGACAAACUAGUCAUUUGGCUACUUUUUUUGCUUUAUUUGUUAAUUUUGAUAUUAUCAGUUCAAGUAACUCUGUUCAAUCAAGUCAUCAAUUGUAUAUACCAUCUGAUGAUGCAACAUAUAAUUCAAUAACAUCAUUACCAGGUCAAUUAAGUAAUUCGAAGUCACUUGCUUUUAAUCGAUCAGAUUUUCUUCCUACACAAACACCCAAGCGUACUGGUUACAAUAAGGCAACUCCUUUUCUGGACUUGAGUCCUAUUUAUGGUGUCACUGCUGAAAAUGCAAAAAAUCUUCGUGAAGGUAAUAGAGGAAAAUUAAAGACCAGUGGAAAUGCAUAUGAUCCUUACCCAUUUAAGGAUCCAACAACAGGAAAUUAUGUUACUGGACCUGUUGGAAAGCGAGCAAUUAAUGUUUUUACAAUGGCUAUUCUGACUAUUUGGUUACGUGAACAUAAUAGAUUAUGUGAUGAGUUUUAUGAAAAAAAUGGUGAUGCAUGGACUGAUGAUCAAUAUUUUGAAGAGGCUAGGAAAUGGAAUAUUGCAUUUUAUCAAAGAGUUGUUACUGAAGAAUAUCUUGGUGUUAUACUGGGUAAACCAUUAUCACCAUAUCAAAAAUAUGAUCCAGAUCUAACUCCAGGAAUUGAUGUUUUUUUUUCAACAAUAACAUUCAGAUAUAGUCAUAGUGAGCUGAGUGAUUUUUAUCAAAUUCAAGAUGAAUUUGGUAAUGCAAUCGUGGAAUUAUCAUUACAAAAUACUAUGAAACUAAAUUUACUAGAAAAAUUUGGUGUAGCAAAUUUGUUGGGAUCAAUGUCUUUGCAACGUCAAGAAGAUGUUGAUAUAUAUUAUUCUGAUGCAACAAGAAAUGUUCAAUCACCUGAACCAAACACUUAUGAUCUUGUGGCAUUUGAUGCACUAAGAGCUAGAGAUAGAGAUACAUGGGCAGAUAUAACUUCGGUUAAAGAAAUACAGGAUAACCUACAACAAUUGUAUCCUAAUGGAACUAAUCAAUUAGAAGCUUUGGUUGGAGCAAUGGCCGAAGAUCAUUUGAAUGGAACAAAUUUUGGUGAAUUAUUGAAUGCUAAAAUUCAGAUAGAUUUUGGUGGGAGAACAAUGAGAACAACUUGUUUACUGAUGAAGAUAGAACCACCAAACUUAGAAAUAAAACAACAUUUAGAGAUAUUAUUUUACGUAAUUUAG